AUGCGAGGUAAAGCCUUUGUUUUCUCGUACCUGCUGCUGGUGUGCCAGGCGGUUGCCAUUUUAGCAGCUGGCCAUGGACAUUCGCAUCGCAAUCAUCUCCAUCAUCACCUAAGGCGUGAGGGUGCUUCCGCAUCUUCGAGUGCAGCUGUUUCUGUUGCAUCACCCAAAUCUAAUGCGGGAGUCUCCGAGGCUAUGUUGAAAGUUUCGAAGGCUCUGGAGGCUUUGGCUGUUGUGAACAAGCUCCGACUGGAGAAUGUCAAGUACAACAACUACACACUCGCAGAUCCUGAUCAGAUCACCGGAGAGCGCAUCAACGCUCCUCCGCUGGACUACUCGAACGAAAGCGUGAGCAAGCUGUCCUCCACCGCUCAGCUUCGCAGCAGAGACGCUUUAUAUUCCUUAACCGGCGACAGCCGGAAGAGCUUCGCUUACACGAUCCCUGCGGAUCUGGCCGAAGCUGCGCGCAUCUUGGCCGAGUCCGCACCGCCAACACCAUCAACUGGAGAAGAGGCGGCUCUCGCAGUCGAAGUCCACGCCAAAUAUCGGUCAAAAACAAACGAUACAAAUCGGCCGCCACAGAAGCUAAAAGAGCCCAACGGGCUAUUUGAAUAUGUGGCGGACCAGAGCGUUCUUGGUUUUCACUCGAACGAUUCCCCAUCGGACACAGCAACGUUAAGCAAGCGAGCUGUAUCUAGGUCCAACUUCUGGAUGGCCAACAUGCAGCAGCGGGGUAUCAGUCCUUUUGCUCCGGACGGUUACCCCAUAUGGAGAAACGUCAAGGAUUACGGAGCAAAAGGUGAUGGAGUCACGGACGAUACUGCUGCCAUUAACAAAGCCAUUUCUCAUGGAAACCGCUGCGGAGCGGACUGUGGCUCGAGCACAGUGUAUCCUGCGGUGGUUUUCUUCCCUCCCGGAACCUAUCUCGUCAGCAGCUCCAUCAUCCAGUACUAUAAUACUCAAUUCCUUGGUGAUCCCACUGACUACCCAACCAUCUUGGCCGCAGCGAGUUUUGUCGGAUUAGGUGUUAUCACGUCCGAUGUGUAUGUUGGGGACCAGGAAGAAUGGUAUAUUAACCAGAACAACUUUCUUCGUCAUAUUCGGAAUUUCAAAAUAGAUAUCACCCGCACUGAUCCCAGCGCCUAUGUGUGCGCUAUCCACUGGCAAGUUGCGCAGGGAACCACCCUCGAGAAUAUAGACUUUUAUAUGUCGCAGGCGGAUGGCAAUACUCAGCAGGGUAUAUACAUGGAGAAUGGCAGUGGAGGUUUCAUGAGCAAUCUGACCUUUGUUGGUGGUAACUUUGGUGCCUAUCUCGGCAAUCAGCAAUUCACCACUAGUCAGCUAGUCUUCGUAAAUUGCAAAACAGCGCUCCAAGUUCAUUGGGACUGGGCCUGGACCAUGCAGGACGUGGUGAUUGAGUCGUGUGGGACUGGAAUCACCAUUGUUGGUGGAGCUGGAGGCCCAUUGGGCACCUAUCAAGGCGUCGGCUCAUACAUCCUGGUCGAUGCUCUUAUUGCGAAUACGGCAACAGGAAUUCUUACAUCCUUGUAUAGUGAGAACUCUACCGCUCUCCUACUGCAAAACGUCGGGUUUUUUAAUGUGAAGGACGCAAUCCGAGCGGAUAAACGGACAGACCCUCUGUUAGCUGGCGGAAACGAGGUGAUGGUCGAUUCAUGGGGUUUCGGAAUGUACGCGGAUGACACCGGAAUUCAUUUCGCCCAACAGACUAAACUGCCUGUUAUUCCACGCCAGGAGGCGCUGAUGGGAAGUACAUCGUACGUGCCGGGAACAAACAACUAUUUCACCCGACGACGUCCUCAGUAUGCUAGUCUUGAUGGAUCCGAGGUCUUUGACGUCAGGGCCUACGGCGCGAAAGGAGAUGGCAAAACCGAUGAUACCGCGGUGUUAAACAGCAUCCUUUCUGCCGCUGCCAACAUGUCUGCGAUUGUGUAUUUCCCGUAUGGAGUCUACGUGAUUAAAGAUACACUGCAUGUGCCCCUGGGGUCACGAAUUGUAGGCCAGGUUUGGCCGCAGAUUAUGGCUACUGGAAGCAAGUUCCAGGAUAUGGAGAAUCCCCGUGUUGCUGUUGAGGUGGGUAAGAAAGGGGACGUGGGCAUUAUCGAAAUUCAGAAUAUGAUGUUCACGGUUUCUGGGCCUACGGCUGGUGCUAUAUUAAUGCAGUGGAAUAUUCACGAAUCGACGAAAGGUUCUGCGGCACUCUGGGACUGUCAUUUCCGUGUAGGAGGUGCGACGGGAUCCAGUCUCCAGGCAAAGGACUGUCCCAAGCAAGCCUCGUCCGUGAAAGAGAGCUGCAUUGCGGCCUCCGCACUCCUCUACAUCCCGAAGUCAGCGUCUGCGUAUAUGGAAAACGUAUGGGCUUGGACAGCAGACCACGAUCUUGAUAUCAAGUCCCAAGAUCAACUCGAUGUCUUCGUUGCGCGGGGCUUUCUAAUCGAGAGCCAUGGCCCAACAUGGCUCUAUGGUACCGCCUCAGAGCAUAAUGUUCUUUACCAGUAUCAGCUCUCAGGGGCACAAAAUGUGGUCAUGGGAAUGAUUCAAACAGAGUCCCCUUACUUUCAGCCUAGUCCUCCUGCGCCACAGCCGUUUGGCCGUAGCCUGGGGAAGUUUGCGAACGAUCCCGACUUCUCUAAUUGCAAGGCCGGCGACAAGACAUGCGCGAGCUCGUGGGCUGUGAGGAUAAUUGAUUCGAAGUCUAUCCACAUAUUGGGUGCCGGCCUGUACAGCUUUUUCAAUUCGUAUUCCCAGGACUGCCUGGACACGGAAAACUGCCAACAACGAGCAUUCCAAGUUGAACAAAGCAGCGACAUAUGGUUGGUCAAUCUGGUCACAAAGGCGAUUGUCGAGUCCAUUAGCCCGGUUGGUGAGAUCGCACUAUGGGCGAAGGACACGAGGAAUGGAUUCACGUCGUCUCUUCUUGGAUGGUUCCGAGAGGCCAAGGUCAUCGGACAGCGUAACUUCACUGGCUUCUACAUGUACGAGGACGAGCAUGACGCCGACUUUUUAAAUCUGUUCGGCCAGACCUGCCAAACAUCCCUCACACAACGAAUUGACUGUCACGACGACACAUACCUCCUGCGGGACUCGUGGAGGGGUGGCUUGGACAAUAACACCCUCACUGACCUCAUCUGUGAUACAGGGUGUGAGACGUCUAUUGCCUCGUGGUUUCACGGGGUCACUAACAACUGUGCGGAGGCUGAAGAAAAGGAGCAGGCGCCUUCCCUUCGUGGCGGUAGGCUGUGGGCAGCUUGGAAUGAGACGUGCCAGAAGGACCCGACAACCGAUACGUACUGCGGCGACGUCAUCGACAAAUUCACACCGGUAUCCAGCAUCGAGGAAAUGCCCUCUAACGAGAUCUGUUCGUUCUGUUACGUGAAGCGCUACGAGAUGAUGCAAUCCACCCCGUACUCUAUCUAUGAUGAACUUUACGAGGCUGAUCUAAAAUACAUCAACAAGGCCUGUGGGCUGUCCGUUCCCACAGAUAUCCCAGACCCCCUGCUGCCCUUUAAAGAUCCCUAUAAGGAGACAAACGACUUCUGCGCCUCAGACGUGACCUAUACUACCGUCGCCGGCGACACCUGCGACUCCAUUGCAACAAAGCAUAAGGUUGCCUCCGCGUCCUUGUUUAUGGGCAACGUCAAUUUGAAAGACUGCACCUCGAUUCCCGAAGGUACAGAGCUAUGUAUCCCGUUCUCCUGUGAUAUCUACACCCUCCAGAAAGACGACACCUGCGUCUCAAUUGAGAAAGGGCUUGGUCUUGAAUACGCAUCCGGGGAAAGCAUCCGCAAGUACAACCCCUGGUUGGACCUGGAUUGCUCGAACCUGCAAGUGGUCAGCGAUUCCGCCUAUGGACAUGUGCUAUGCGUAUUUCCACAAGCAGGCAACUCCACCACUACAGCGCCGGAUACAAAUCCCACCGUACCCGAUUACUCGGAUGGGUAUGCCAUUCCUGAGAUCCCGCCGCCCACCAACGCCUCGGUAGCGGAGGGCACCACGAUGCGGUGCGGUAAGUGGCAUGUGGUGACGAGUACGGAGAUUGAGAAGAAAGAUAUGUGUACUAUUGUCUGUGUAAAGGAAUCGAUUCCCUGGGAUCUCUUCCUGGAGGUUAAUCCGUCCUUGAAGGCGGACGACUGCGUGCUAACAGAGGGGAAGACGUACUGUGUUGGGCCUACCUAUGAAUGGAACACUGUGUUUGCAGAUGAAGAUUAA